UCUAAGUACCAAGGAAGUAUUUUAUUUUAUUGGCAUUCAAGUUAUAAUUUCCUUCUAAAAGUUUAAUAUAAUCAAUUCAAAAUACUUCCUGACUCACAUUAACUAUAACUAAUUUGGAUUAUGUAUAGCAGUCCAUAGACAAACAAUGUCCCUUAGAAGACGCACAGAAAGUACAACAGAUAUUUUAGACGACAAUGAUGCAAACAUUUGGACAAAUAGACAAAAAAAGUUAAGAGGAUUUUUACAAAAAUCCUGUGUUGUCAAUGUAGUAUUAUUGGUCGUUCUUGUGAUUUUACUCAUCACAAAAAUAGGUCUUUAUGAAAAAGACAAAAAGACCUUACAAAGUAACGAAGUGUCGUUCAGGACAACAAAUUCUAAUAAUGGUGUCUGUUUACCUUGUGACUCCUUAGGAUCCAGCAUCAAAGUUGACGAUACUUUGUUUGACAGCAUCAGCCGUACGGAAAAUGGAGGGAAAAUUUGCUGCUAUAAAGAUCAAGAAUACAUGCAGAAAAUGAUUUCACGGAUGAUGGAUCCAAUGAUUACAGAGCCUGCCUGGGAUAUUGAUUACGUGAUCGAAAGGAAGAUGAAAUGGUGGAGAAACAGACCAAACUCUAUUCACAUGUAUAUAGAUUUGAACAACCUGACAGGAACGAAUCUUGCGUGGACCUACUCGAAAGACCACCUAGGAACAGCAUACUUCAAAGAUUUGACCUACAAUGCCACAAACCAGAGCAUUGAAAUAGUAGAAACGAGUAUCUAUUUCGUCUAUUCUGCUAUUACCUUUGAUUUUGGUGACGUUACUACUGUUGGGUUAUAUCGGCAUAAGAUAAAGCAAUGGCAUCGGCUUCUACCAAAGACGGAACGACAACCUUUAUUGCGGAGUAGAUUUGGUGGAUCUUCAGAAACAAGAAGAAUGUAUACUAGUUUUCUUUGUGGAGCUUUUAAACUUGAUAGCGGUCUCAUAGUGCAGAACGAAAUUUCUCCUACGGCAAUCAAACAUGUGAAAAAAUCAAAAUACGCUAGUUAUUUUGGACUAUUCAAAAUCUGAAAACUAAUACAAGGAUUACCAGCCAUGCGGAUAUUCAGUUGAAAUUAAACCAUAGAAAUGGAACUCUGAAUUGUAGAAGGUACAGCACGGUUAACCUGGCAUACUUGGACUGUUUACAUAUGUUUCUAUGGCCUUUAAAAAGUUAAAUGUAUGUGCAUAAUUUUUUGAUGUUUUGUAUCUUAUAUACAUAUGAUGUAUACAUAAAUUAUAGUAUGGAGCUACAAGAUAUGCAUCUUUUAAAUUAAAGACAAAUUAUUACAAAACA